GAAAACAUAAAACGACGUCGUCUCCGAAUUGUCUCUCGACUCGUUAGAAUCCGCGCCUAAAAUGUUGGGAGCGUCAAACUAAAUUUCGGAUGGCGGCGUUACAGCCGCGAUCAGAGCGGUGGCAAUGGGAAAACGCCACCGCCGGUGCCGUUGCCGGGUUCGCCACAGUCGCUGCCAUGCACCCUCUCGACGUUGUCCGCACCAGGUUUCAAGUUAACGAUGGGAGAGUGACCAAUCUUCCAACUUACAAGAGCACUGUUCAUGCUGUUUUCACCAUUACCCGCUUGGAGGGAUUGAGAGGGCUCUACGCUGGCUUCUCUCCUGCAGUUAUUGGCUCCACAAUUUCAUGGGGUCUAUAUUUCUUCUUCUACGAUAGAGCCAAACAAAGGUAUUCUAGACACCGGGAAGGGAAACUAAGCCCGGGUCUUCAUCUUGUUUCUGCUGCGGAAGCUGGAGGUUUGGUUUGUUUGUGUACCAAUCCCAUUUGGCUAGUAAAAACAAGAUUGCAGCUUCAAAAUCCUCUUCAUCAAACUCGACCAUAUUCAGGGAUUUAUGAUGCCUUGAGAACCAUAAUGAGAGAGGAGGGAUGGAUGGCUCUUUAUAAGGGGAUUGUUCCUGGGCUUUUUCUGCAGGUUUCUCAUGGGGCUAUACAAUUUACAGCAUAUGAAGAACUUCGGAAAGUCAUUAUUGACUUUAAGUCUAGAAAGCGCAUAGAGAAGUCUGGAGGUUCUGAUGCAGUUUUGAAUUCAAUUGAUUAUGCUGCUUUGGGGGCAACCUCCAAAAUUGCUGCCAUUCUUCUGUCAUAUCCAUUUCAGGUCAUGCGAUCUCGGUUACAGCAACGACCUAGUAGUGAGGGAAUUCCAAAAUAUAUGGAUACUUGGCAUGUCGUCAAGGAAACUGCGCGGUUUGAGGGUGUUCGAGGUUUUUACAAGGGCAUCACACCAAAUCUUCUGAAAAAUGUUCCUGCUGCUUCAAUAACUUUUAUAGUAUACGAAAAUGUCCUAAAACUCCUGAAGUUGGCAAGGACGGACUGAAAUUACAAGUUAAAGUUCUAUACAUUCUUUUUCUUAGCACUGUGUAAUUGAUAAUUCUGAGUUUCAUUUUAUUAUAAUAAAGUUACCAAUC